AUGAUAGCUUCAGAGGUGCCACAGGGGCUGUUUCCAGCACUGGAAAAGAUCUCUGAACACACCUUGAGUACUACAUUAAAGACCAAUAUCAGGAUGGGAGAACAAGGCUUGGGUCUUAUAAUCAUUCAGAACGGUCCAUAUCUCCAGAUAACAAGUCUUGUUGAGAAAUGCUCUGCAGCUAGCAAUGGAAGGCUAAAACCAGGUGACAUUCUGAUUAAAAUUGGACAUGCUAAUGUAUUAGGAUGGACACUGCGAGAGCUUAGGCAACUUUUGUACAAUAUUCCUGUAGGAACGAGUCUACAAAUCAAGGUUUACAGAGAUUUUGUUGAAGUACCUGAACACUGGCAAAGUGCAGUUGAAUUAAUUCCAGAAGUAAAGCUUCCUUCAAAUACAGACACAUCAAGUAAAAGCAGCGAGGAGAAAGAAGUCUGGAGCAGUAGCGAUGAUGAGGUUGAUAUAAACCUGGAAAGUUUUAGAUACAAAUCUUCACAAUCGUAUGGUUAUGAGCUUAUAGAACAACUACCAUCAAUAUCUAGAGUUUGGCAUGAAUUUAAAAGAAACCACCACACAUUUACAGUAGGAACAGAUAUUGGAUGUGACAUUAUACUUCAUAAUGAUGUUGAUGCAUUGUGUGAUUCUGGUUUUGCUACUACUGGCAUUAAAUCUUCUUCAUACUGGACUAUGCCAAAGAAUGAUGACAACUUAUCCUCCUCCUCUUCCUCUCUAUCAGAUGCAUUUUGGCUUGAGGAGUUUGCCAUUGUUUUGGACUAGCUAACAGGCACAAAUUUUACCUAUUCAGAAACUGGAUUCCUGACAAAGUAAAUUAACAUCGGAAAGUUCAGUAUUUUGAAGUUAGCUAUUACUGAAAGUUUCUAGUGGUGCAUGCCUAGACUACCUAAGAAUUUUGAUUUUAAGAUGCUGCUGAUAUCCAAAAGCUACCUUUUUUUGGUCUUGGCAAAUUUCUCCAUCUCCCACUAAGAUCUAUGAAGAGCACAUUAAAACAUGCUAUAAAGUCCAGGAAGAAAAAGGUACCACAUUCAAGUCCUUAAAGUACUUACAAAAUACUGCCUUCAGUUUUUCAAGGUAAGUCUGAGAAUUAACUUAAGUAGAUGCUCUACAGAUGUGAAGUUUAAUGUUCAAAGACUAUUGCUGAUAAGAAUGCUGGGCUAAAAUUUUACCCUUGAGACAAUUAUUAAUUUAAAAUCAAGAAUAUAGCUUACUAUUAUCUCAAAG